CCUUCUUUUUGUUUUUCUUUAUUUUGUGGACAUGGCGGCCCCCAAGUCGACACGGAACAUUUAGAGGAGCUAUUUGAGAAUAAAUGCGAUAAAUAAUAUUUUUACAUUGAAUCCGAUUCGAAUUGGGUCUUUUGGCGUGAAAUGUUUAAGGAGAGUUCUGCGUGGAAAGACUCACCGUCAACAUUCUGCAGAUGUGCUUUUAGUUAUUUUUGGGUGAGAUUUGAAGGCAAAAAAAGACGAAACGCAGCGACACUCGUGACAAGUGUGUUUCUGUUUAAAAGAGUAGGGGGCGGGAGGGAAUUUGUAAUUGAAUUCGAGUAGCAGCAGCGGCUGAGCCAUUGGUUAUAAGAGGAGGGCGGGUGCCCCGGGUGCCCCCCCCCCCCCCCAAGCCGCCCUAAAAGCUCCUCCCCUCACGCUCCUAAGCACUUGCUUGUGCGGGGGUCUCCAUCUUAUAAGAGUCUCUGACAAUCAUGUCCAAUCCGUCACCUGAUCUGAAAAGCCAUCGGAGAACAGGCGAACGGUUUUGAGUCCCCCAGCCCCCAGGCCCUUUCCAUCACUGAUUCUGGGGGGGAGGCGUGCAAGUCGCCAGACCCGAGAAGGCCGCCUCUUUUGGGCUCUAGACUGACCCCAGUGGAAAGAUGCAGUUGGAGAACAUCCUCCCCAGCGCGCUCCCCAAGACUUUUUACAACCUCUCCUCUUCUGAUAGUGGCAACAACAGCCCCAGGCCGCCGUCGCAACUCGAUUAUCAAGAAGUGGACCAGGCCGAGCCGGAGUCCAACAGUGCUCCCAAGAAAUACCUGGCGGCCGUGCAGGGGAGCGGGAUGAUGGCUGACGCUGAGGGGGACACGUUCGCUAAAGCCGGCCCCGUUGGGAGGAAAGACUCCCCAGUGCUGGCGGAGGACCAGCUGACCGGCGGGCGGCGGUACGGCUUAGACGAACUCGGUUCCGAUCGCUACUUCAUCUCGUCUUCUCAGGCGAGUUCCGAAAUGUCGAGUCCGUGUUCCCUCUUCCCAUACGCGAGCCAAACAGGCUCGGUGUACACGGGCACCACCGGGUCCAGGUACCCGGCUUCCCUCCACUACGGAUCCGUUCUGCCGCCUGCCGGCUUUUCCUCCCCGUCAGUAUGCAGCGGCCGGGGACAGUUCGGCAGCGCAGGCUACCAGUUCGGUCAGGGUCCCGGCUGCUUGUACCCGUCUUACCCGGGCGCGGGCAUCAGCUCUAUGUCUCUGGGCGGUCCGGGCGCCGGCGCCGGUCCGAGAGCGCAGGUGUAUCUUUGUAACCGGCCUCUGUGGCUCAAGUUCCACCGGCACCAGACCGAAAUGAUCAUCACCAAGCAGGGCAGACGGAUGUUCCCGUUCCUGAGCUUCAACAUCACCGGACUGAACCUCACGGCCCACUACAACGUGUUUGUAGAAAUUGUUCUGGCCGACCCCAACCACUGGCGCUUUCAAGGGGGGAAGUGGGUCACUUGCGGCAAAGCGGACAAUAAUAUGCAAGGCAACAAAAUGUAUGUUCAUCCCGAAUCCCCAAACACUGGCGCUCACUGGAUGAGGCAAGAAAUCUCUUUUGGAAAGUUGAAGCUGACAAACAACAAAGGGGCCAACAAUAAUAACACACAGAUGAUUGUCUUGCAAUCUCUUCACAAAUACCAACCACGGCUCCACAUUGUUGAGGUGACGGAGGAUGGAGUGGAAGACAUGAGCAACGAGGCCCGAACUCAAACCUUCACUUUUCCUGAAAAUCAGUUCAUAGCGGUCACUGCCUACCAGAACACAGAUAUCACCCAGCUGAAGAUUGACCACAAUCCAUUUGCAAAAGGCUUUCGGGAUAAUUAUGACUCAAUGUACACGGCCCCAGAGAGUGACAGGUUGACUCCAUCACCUACAGACUCUCCGCGAUCAACCCAAAUCGUGCCCGGGGCUCGCUAUGCCAUGCAGCCUUUCUUUCAGGACCAGUUUGUCAACAACUUGCCGCAGAACCGCUUCUACAGCAGUGAACGGGCCGUGCCUCAAACCAACAGCCUCCUGUCCCCGCAGAGCGAGGAGGCUACUGCUUCCGCCUCGGCUCAGCGCUGGUUUGUCCCCCCGGUCCAGCAGCCAGGCUCCAACAAGCUGGACCUGUCCUAUGAGAAUGACUAUUCCACCAGUAGUCUGCUGUCCUACGGCAUCAAACCUCUGUCCCUACAGACGUCCCACGCCCUUAGCUACUACCCUGAUUCGGCCUUUGCCUCCAUGGCUGCAGGCUGGGGCACCAGAAGCUCCUACCAGCGCAAGAUGACAACAGGCUUGCCCUGGUCCCCUCGCCCAAGCCCACCGGCCUUUCCGGAGGAUCAGCUGGGAGCCACGAAAGACAAGCUGCCUGAGGAAACCACAUCGUCGGCAACCACCUGGAUCGAGACUUCUCAAUCACUGAAAUCAGUGGAUUCUAACGAUUCCAGCGUGUACUCCAUGGUGUGCAAGAGGCGUAGAAUGUCCCCUGGGGGCUCCAGUACCGAGAACUCUCCAACCAUCAAGUGUGAAGACUUGACCACUGAGGAUUACAAUAAGGACAACCCAAAAGGCAUGGGUUAUUACGCAUUCUACACAAGCCCCUAAGACUGUAAUUUAUUUCAACUAAAUAUAACUGAGUGCUCUCCAUUCCUUGUUAAUGUCUUUUUGUUUUUUCUCUUUUCUCUAAAGGUGCCAAAGCUUAAUGUUGCUUCCCCCCCAAGCAAGCUGCACAACGUUAUUUUCCCAGGCCAACCCCUUUCUCAUAUCUGAGCAGAAACAUGCAUAGUGAUUGUUGAUUUUGAACAAGCAUGUCAUAUUUUAAAUCCAUUUUCUUUAAAAAAAAUAAUAAAAUAAAAAUAAAGAAGGGAUUCCCCCCUCCACUGUGUAUUUAAGUCGUUUCCAUUGUACAGUAUUUGUGGACUUUAGAAUGUGAUGUACCUUGUAAAAAUUGUCUCCAUGGAGGUGUUAUUCAAUGGAUAAAUAAAGUUGCUUUUCAUAAAGCAUCAUCCAAAUGGUUUUCCCUGUGUGGUUUAUCAAAAUACAAUAGGAAAGUUAGGACAUUGGGAAACUAGAAUCUGUGAUUUAAAAAAAAAAAGAUUUAGAAAUAGACACUCAGAUGUAAGAAUUUGAUUGCCCAUUUGAAACUUGCACUCAAGAGUUAAUGAUUAAUGUUGCAACAUAUGAGUCAUAUUAGUCUUGGCCCUUUCAUGAAUUCAUGCGUCCUCAUUACCAAUGACUUGUGAAAGAGGAAAA